AACUCUAAGCAAUGGUUUCAUUUCUCUCUAAAAAUAUUCUUAUGAUGGAGUUUCCAGUUUUCCUGCAACACAUCAUACUCUUGAUCAUGGGAGCAAUAUCUAAGAGGGCAAAGGGGGCUGCAGGAGAGUAGGAGUAAAAUAUUUUGGGGGCAUGCAUAAAAAUCUUCAAAUACCAGCCCCUGUCUUUCAUGUUCAUGUAUUGUAUAUGAUUUACUGCAGAUGUAAUACAGUUAUUUGUAACCCAAGAAUGAUUACUUUUCUUGGUGGUAGCUGCUUGCAAAGCUUUUAUCAGUUUAAAUUUGGAAAUUAACUAUGUACUGCAUUGAUUGCUUCUUCCCCAUUCCCAAAUAUGAUUAUCUGAACUGAUCAUUGUUUUGCUUUUAAUUUUAGUAUGGGCAAAUUUGGUGCAUGUUUUAUACCUGGGCUGUGUAAGCAAAGUGACCUAAUGCUCUUUGCUGCAAGGCCUGGGAUUCGCCUUUGGAAAUCAGAUGUUCACGGGACAGUUCAAGCAACGUAUCUUUUGAAAGAUGUAUUUGCUGCUGGAAUGAAGCCUUUUGAAUUAUAUCCCCGAGUGGAAUCCUUUAACAAGAGCAGCUGUAAUUUCCCAGAAAGACAAUUUGGACUCAUCUCCUGCUUUUCCCAGGAAGGAUGGGUAUUGAGCUGGAAUGAAUAUAGCAUCUAUGUAUUAGAUACAGUAAACCAGACCAUGAUUGGCAGUUUGGAAGGAUGUGGUGAUAUAGUAUCUGUGUCCUGUACUGAAAAUGAGAUCUUUCUUUUAAAGGGAGACAGAGAUAUCAUUAGAAUCUCAAGCAGACCUGAAGGACUGGUGUCAAUAGAUUUAAAUUCACAAUUGACCAACUUGAUAUCCGAUUUAAGCCCAAAAUUAGAGAGGCCACAUUCAGUAGUUGCAUCAGUCUCAUGUGAUCCCUCUCCAGAAGCAAACCCCAAAUUAAGUAACUUCUCUUCACCCCAAACACCUGGUGACAAAAAUGGCUUUGUAGGAAGAGCUGACCUGGAAGUAGCAAUGAUAGCAGAGAAAAUUCGCUCACAGAGCUUUGAUGGAUUAGGGGACUUGAGCAGUGACCCAAGAAGAAGAGGCUACUCUGUAAUCAGUGAAUCAAGAAGUAGGAGCAGUUCCAUGAAUUCUGUGGACAGUGGCUCCAGUUUCUUGACCAACGGGGAUCAAACGUCAUCAGAAAUACAGAGAGCAGAUCAGCAAAUUUCACAGAGGUUGAGCCUGAUCAGCUCAGAAGAUUUCAACCAAGAACUGAUUAUAAAACCAAUCAAAGUGAAAAAGAAGAAAAAGAAAAAGCUGGAAAAUGGCACCAGGAGAAAUCCUAGCUCUCUAGAAAGCACACCAUCUUAUGAGCAGCAAGCCUUCACUGAUAGCAUUCAGAUACUAAAUGUGAAAUCAUGCUCCAUUAGUUCUAGCCUCCAUGGCAGCACCACAGACUGCUUAAGCAUCAGUUCUGCAGAACAGGAAAGUGUGUUUAGUAUGGAAACACAAAAUGAUACUGAAACAUUCAGUGAACUUCAGUCUCUGGAGUCAGUAGUUGCUCUAACACCUGAUGACAACAAGGAAGCACUGAAACUGCUGAAACUUUCUAAUUGUAAGAAUGAAGUAAAUGCAUCACCUGUUAUAGAUUCCUUGACUUCCAACUCCUGCUUGCUUGUUGUGGAAAACAAAAUAGGUAGUGAUGACAGUGAACACAACUGGAAUCCUCUGCCUGGACAAACAGAAACCAGCCCAAAGCGGAUAUCCCCAGAUGAAGAGCAUUUUCCUCUCCUAUGUAAAACAGAGUUCAGUUUAAAUAAAUUAGGUCUGCCAGGAACUUCGGCUUCCCUGGAAGAGACCAGCUCUGGGAAAGGGAUAUCUGUAAAUAGGGACACACAUUUUUGUGCUGAGGAAUUGUUCAUUCAGAGUGGGGUUGCUGAAAUAAUGGAGCACCAACCAUCUUUACUGCCUGUAGUCCCUGGAAACCUUACUGAGCAUUCUGCUGUUUCUGAAAAGGAAAUAAGUCCUCAAGAAAGGAUGCUACCUGGACAGAAUUUCAAAGAAGGAGUCAUCACUGACUAUACUAGUGAAUGGAUGAGUAACACUCACAGUGCUAGAGCUGAGAGAUGUGUAUCAAGUGAUGAAGAGGACAUCUAUGGGCAUGGCUUGCUUUAUUCAUCUUCAGAGACAAGUGUGACAGAAAUGGGGGCUUGCCAUCUUCCCCAGGAUAAAGUCAGGUCAAGUGUUGAGAAGGGGGUGCUUUCAAAAUCUGAUCAGUUUGCAGAAAGCUGGAUGGGCUAUGCAGGUCCUGGCUAUGGAAUACUGAGCCUAGUUGUCUCUGAUAAAUAUGUUUGGUGCUUGGAUUACAAAGGUGGCCUGUAUUGUAGUGCAUUACCUAGUGCUGGGUUGCGUUGGCAGAAGUUUGAAGAUAAUGUCCAGCAGAUGGCAGUCUCUCCUUCAGGGACUCUUCUGUGGAAGAUUGAGCAAAAAACCAAUAAAGCUUUUGCCUGUGGCAAAGUAACUAUCAGAGGAAAACGUCAUUGGUAUGAAGCUUUACCUCAAGCGGCAUUUGUAUCCUUGAGUGAUGACACAGCCUGGAUUAUCCGAACAAAUGGUGAUCUGUAUCUACAAACAGGCCUCAGCGUGGAUCGUCCCUGUGCCAGGGCAGUAAAAGUAGACUGUCCGUAUCAACUAUCACAGGUUACAGCCAGAAAUAAUAUAAUUUGGGCAUUAACUGAGCAGCGUGUACUUCUCUUUCGCGAAGGUAUAAGCAGUUUCUGUCCUGAAGGAGAACAGUGGAAAUGUGAUAUCAUAAGUGAAAUGCAAGGUCUAGAGCCGGUGUGUAUUACUCUUGGAGACCAACAGACCAUAUGGGUUUUAGAUAUCCAUGGGAAUCUGUGGUUUAGAACUGGUGUUGUUUCAAAGAAACCACAAGGGGAUGACAACCACUGGUGGCAAGUAAGCAUUACAGAUUAUGUUGUAUUUGACCAGAGCAGCCUUUUCCAGACAAUAAUCCAUGCAACCCAAACAGUAGCAACGGCAGCCCAGGCUCCUGUUGAGAAGGUGGCAGACAAACUGCGCACAACUUUCUGGUCACAACAGCUUCAGUGUCAGCCAAGCUUACUUGCAGUCAACAGCAGUGGUGUCUGGAUUUCCUCUGGGAAGAAUGAAUUUCAUGUAGCAAAGGGAAGCCUCAUAGGUACAUAUUGGAAUAAUGUUGUGCCUCGUGGCACUGCUUCAGCUACAAAAUGGGCUUUCGUGUUGGCUUCUGCAGCUCCAGCAAAAGAAGGAAGUUUCUUGUGGUUAUCCCAAAGUAGCAAGGACCUGUUUUGUGUUAGUGAUCAGAAUACUCAGUUCCAUCCUUCAACUGUUCAGCUACCUCCUGAUAGUGAAAUGGUAUAUUAUUCAGCCUGCCGGGAUGCGAUAUGGAGCUUGAAUAGCCUGGGACAGGUCUUCAUAAGGACACUUUCACCAAAUUGCCCAACUGGGAUGCAUUGGACCAAAUUGGACCUUACUCAGUUAGGUGCUGUGAAACUUACAAGUUUAGCAUGUGGAAAUCAGAACAUAUGGGCCUGUGACAGCUAUGGUGGGAUUUAUUUCCGGGUUGGAACUCAGCCUCUGAAUCCAAAUUUGAUGCUGCCUGCAUGGAUCAUGAUUGAGCCACCCAUCCAGGCAGCAGGAGUCCACUUGAUCAGUGUGUAUUCGAGUCCUAAUGAUCAGAGUCUGUGGGCCAUUGACAACAAAUGGAAUGUUCAUGUGCGCACUGGGAUUACAGAGGAGAUGCCUGUAGGCACAGAUUGGGAGCAGGUUCCAGGGCUUCAGGCAAGUGAGCUGGUAAUAAGCAUGAAGACAGUAUGGGCCCGUUGUCCAAAUGGAGAUGUAGCACGCCGGUAUGGCAUCACAGAUAAAAAUCCUGCAGGUGAUUACUGGAAGAAGAUUCCAGGGAAUGUUUCUUGUUUGGCAGUUACCCCUUUAGAUGAACUGUGGGCAAUUGGUUCUUCAGGAUAUCUCCUUCAGCGUCUCACAAAGACAUUCCAGCAUUCUCAUAACUUGCAGAAACACAGUGAUGCUUCAGUAUCAUUUCACUCUGAUGAUUUUGAGGAUGAGUGGGAAGUGAUAUAAAGUGAAUAACAGUAAAUAAGUAAGAAAACAUCCUUGGGAAUUCUGUUACAUGGCAAAUGCCAGGCUUUUGAAGCCACAAACAUUUCAUAACAUUACCUUUUGGAGAUAUAGAAGACUAAUUUAUACAGUAGUCUUCAAAUUGUGUAGUGAAAUGUCUUGUUCAGUAUAUCUCAGGUGAGGCAGGCAAUGCGGCUUAAAGAAAUUGUGAAUUUGUCUUUAUUCUAGAAGUUGUACUUUGACUAUAAUGUAUCAGUUUAACCUCAUUAGCAGCAAAAUGAAUUUGCUGUAGCAUGCAAGCUAAUACCUGUACUAUGUGGGAAGAACUUCUCUUACAUCACCUAUUUCUCAACUACUGAAAAAGACGCUUUUUAGUUUUUCUCUUGGAUGUUAAUCUUAGUAGGAAAAAAUGAGUAUGCCUUUAAUAGAAAGGAACAAAAUACUGUAAUUUUUUCAGUGGAAAGAGAUGCACAGUUUGGUGCUCAGAUUAGUUUCAUUAUAACUUUCAGAGCUCUACUGAAUUUUUGCUCUGAUUAACUGGGCUAAAAGCAUUAGUUCCCCUUAUUUUUCCCUAACUUGGAGGUCUCUUGUGGUUUGAGAUUAUAACUGUCUAAAUUCCCAGCUACUUUUAACAUGUUGACUGGGAAUUGUGGAUAUUUUAGUUCCAAUGUAUCUUGGUGGGGUUCUGGUUAGGGAACGUUGCCUUACAUGUUUUUCCGAGACAUUUUAGGCUUGUGUUCCACAAAUGCCUUUAAGAGCUAAGCAGAACAUUAUAAGUUAUUUCAGUAAAAUGAGGAUGGCUCUGUAGGUGACAUCCAGUACCACAUUUAGCCUGACAGAAUUAAGCCUGUGUUCAGAGUAGAUUCUCUAUUUCCUUUUUGUACCAUAAUUUAUAACAAAAUCUAAAUAUAGUACUAAAGAAGCUUAUCCCAAAAGAAAGGUUGUGGUACUCAUCAGGAUUCGCCUUUAUAAUAGGAAAUUUUUAGCUACAUUAGCUAAAUCUUGCAAUGUCUUAUAUUUGAAAUGUUUACAGCAGAGGUGCUUAAAUUUAUAAUUUACAGAUCACUGCAGCUUAUGUGUCAUAAUUACUGAAUUUCUUAAGAAUACUGUAAGAAAAAACAUAAUCCCAGUGGUUUACACUUAAGUACUUUUUAAAAUAUAUAUUUAUUUGAGACAUGAAUGUAUUAAGCAACUAUUAUUGAAACUGCAAAUGAGCUAACUGAUAAAGAUGGUGUGUGAACCUGGGGGGAGAUAAUGGUUUGUUUUUUUUUUCUUUCUAAAGCUGCCUGAUACAACAUUGUAUUGGUGGAUUUUCUUCAUAAGAACUAAUUUUGGCACCAUAGACAUAUCUAUUAGCAGCAUUUGUAUGAUUAGAGCUUGGUCGAUUCUUUUAUUUUGGGGUGACCAGGAGGUCAUAUUUGUUUCGUUCUGAGAUCUUAUCCACUUGGAAUCGGCCUCUGGAUGUUUUUGUAACCAACUGUCAAUGUAUCCCUAGUUCAAUUGGCAGGCUAUUUUGAGAAGUCCUUUGGCAACUGGUAUUCCAAUGUUGUAGCUCCUCUGAAGUUCAGAAUUUCUGAGGAAAUGGGGCAGCCCUAUGGUGCACUUCUGGCCAAAUGUUCAUAUUCUAAUAAUGAAAAAAUGACACAUUUGCACACACUCAAAAAUAUGUAUGCAUGUAUAUACACACACUAACACUUUUAAAAACGCCCCCCUCUCCCAUUAAUGGCUUAAUUUGCUAGAUGUUUAUGCAGUGCAUAAUAGUGUAAUUGGCUUGAUUCAUAAAUAUGAACUGGUGUUGACAGCUCUUCUAAGCCCAUAGAGUUCUUUUGUAUCUUCUAACUACCUGAAAUGUUUACCAUACAUAGUUUCACUUCUGUAAAUUUGUGUUUUUUUCCCAUAAGCUUUCAGAUAAGUGCAAUAAACUAGACUUUUUCUUAAAAGUGUUUUUGUUUUGAUAUUUAAUUUUGGUAUAUUUAUUUAUGAAAUGUAUAGGCCGCCCCAAUCUAUCAUGACUCUGAAUAUAACUUUCCUGGGUUGGUUUUAUGGGAGCUAUAUAAUGAAGAUUUUGAUGCAAUCUAAUGAAACCUCCAAGAAAAUCUUACAGUUCUUUUUUCUAGGUUCUGAAGAUUUUCUGUUUUCUGUUUUAAAGAAUUUGUUA